AUGGCCUUGCCUUCUCCUGAGGAGAGUCUCGUCCACCACGAUGCCUUGCGGCCUCUGCAUCUUCACCAGCCUCACCAGCCACAACAGCCGCUGAACCUCCCGCUACAACGGGACCCUGAACAUCAUGACCCGGCUGAACACCACAACGGCUCGGUAAAUACGGCUAAACCGCCUUCCCACUUACCUCACCCGCUCCCUCCACCUCACCAUCACCAUCCACAACAACCACAACAACACCAGUCCCAUCAGCCUCAUCAGCCCCAACACCAGCCCCAACCUCAACCACAACACCAGCCACAUGGACAAACCAUCAUCGACGAUUCUAGGUCUUCGGCUCCAAAGACCCAAACGGUGUUCAUCCAUAAGCUCUACGAUAUGCUUGAAGACCAGACUCUCUCGCAUCUCAUCUGGUGGCUGCCCACUCACGACUCCUUUUGUCUUUACCCUGGGGAAGAGUUUUCCAAUGUUCUAGCUCAGUACUUCAAACAUACCAACAUCGCUAGUUUCAUUCGUCAGUUGAACAUGUACGGUUUCCAUAAGACGCCAACUGGCCAGACUCGCUGGGAGUUCAGACACGCUGCCAACCAGUUCCGUAAAGGCGACGUGGACUCGUUGCGUUUGAUCAAGAGAAAGCUGUCUAAGGUGAUGAGCACGCCAAAAGAGAUUGUUAACUUGAAGCUGCUUCCCCCAACGUCAAACCCUGCGUCUACGAACAACACUAGUACCAAUGCUACGAACGACUCCGACUCGGAAUCUCCAGAAUCGGCCUCCAAACAGCAGUACCAUCGUUCUCUUUACCAACAACUGUGGAAACAGCAACUGGCUCAGAAACCAAACACUCCUUCGCUGCCCAAUGGUCAUCCGCUGAACCCCCCAAACUCGAUGUAUUACCAGGGCUACCCUGCGGUCCAUCCUUACCCUGGUAUUCCUCAUUCUAUGACAAUGCCUGUUCCAGUGAGUCCAAGUUCGCCUCCUUACCCUGAACAUCCAAUCCCCACGCCGUCUUCAUAUGUUUCCCAAUCUCAGCUGCGUCAGGCGUCCAAUCAGACUUCCAUUGCAGUUGACCAGUCGAUCAACCUAAAAUUAAUUGAAAUGCUGACGUCUAUUUCUUCUCUUCGUGCGAGCUACGAUGAGCUCCAACAUCGCUACGAUCUGCUCUAUGCUGGGUACCAGCAGAACCAACAGGAUAUGGUGCAGCUUCUUGAUAUCUUGGAAAGUGGAGAGGAGGAGCGUCUCAAAACUCCAGGAACUACGGGAUCCACGCCUGCGCCAGAUUCGCUACGAACUAGUGUUUCUGUUGACGAAGUCAGGUCGUUCAGAAAAAGGAUUCUUUCAAGAAAUGGUGAAUCGGAAAGACCAGCUACCGUCCCAGCUACUGCUUCAGUGCAAGCAUCAGCAUCAGCACCAGCAGCUCCACCUCAAAAUAUUCAAAAUGGCCCAGCCUCAGGCCCAGGCCCAGAGGAGUCGCUUUCAAGAGUGUCUUCCAAUUCCAACAUUGUUCCACAGCAUUAUCCACUCAAUCCAAACUAUUCCUUGUAUAAUAAUAGCGAGAAUGGGUUCCGCCACUUCAAGCUAGGCAGCGAGGAUAGCCAGGCUCAGAAUAACCGCCAUUUCUCGGUUCUCAUGGAUCCAUUGCAAACGAAAGCAUUGAAGGGACCAGGUGAAGAACUCAAAAGCUCAAGCCCCCUUUCAGCUGCUAAUCAAGCAAAGGAUUCCAGACCUCCUGUUCCUUUAGUUCAGCAAUACCAGCCUAAGGUAAGUCAGCAGUCUACACCUUCGCUUUACCAGCCAUUUAUGCGUAACGAAAGUGCCCACCAGCAGAGAACGGUCUCGCUUCCCAUCCUUGACAAAGUGAUGCCACAGACCUUCUCGUCACAGCAAAGGCAUUCUACGACUGCUCUUCUCAACAACGAGAAGAGACCUCUUUCGCCCGGCCAUGUUGCGCCAAUUGGCACUCCUGCUGCUAAAACCUACACGCUGAACCCCAUGGCAACCUCGGCACCUAUCCAGGCACCUCCUUCUAAUGCUCCAUCUCCAGCACCUACGAGUUCUCUGCCGCAGCCACAGACCCAGUUUGAAGCCAAGGGAGUGCUUCCUUCAGUCAAAGAGCUCGACAAGCUGAUCAAGAGAAGCGCCUCGGGAAGACUCUCGGACAUUCUCACCGACGACGAAGACCCCAACAUCAAAAAGAGCAGGUUCAAGCGGGUGCUCAAAAGCAAAACUGACAUGCCCAUAGCCAAUGAUAACACAGAUACUUUGGUGUAUUUGGUUUACAUGGAUUACUUGAGCAAGCUUCUUAAUGAGGCAGGCCAGGAGGGUAUGAGUGAACGUCUGCUUGAAGAGAAGCACGAGGAGUUGAUGAGGUACUACCGAGGCUGA